AUCUUUACCAAUUCUGAACUUGCACACACCUAGCUAGCUCUGUGUCACCAUCUCGCUUCGGUUUCAUCGAUCUAAAGAGCCGUUUUCCAGUGUCUUCUUCUUUCAUUUUCUGCCUCGGGCUCAGCCAAGCCCAUCGGAUCCCUGGGAACUCUGUACUUCUCUCUCUCAAAAACAUUCUACAGAUUGGAUCAUCUUCUCAUUCUCGUUAUCACUUUCCUUCAUAACAAUGACGUCUUCUCUUUCGACAACGGCCUCAGCUUCUUCCUUCUCAGCCGUCACCAAAACGACCACGAGCUUUCCUCCCCACAAUACUCGCCGUCUCUCAAAGGUCUCUUUUCGCCUCUUGCCAAAGCCUAAGCUCCUCUUUUUCACCAAGGGUUUGCCGCAUAGUCGGAAUAGUCACAUUGUGGUGAAGGCCCAAUCUGAUGAGGUUGCUUCUGGUGGAUCAUCAAAUGUUAAAGAUACUUCUACACAAUCUGAAGCAUCUGUAGUUGAAGAAAAGGAUGUUAAACAAUCGAAUGAGCCUUCUUCAACUGGUUUGGCUACAGAGGAGUCUAUCUCUGAGUUUAUUACUCAAGUUGCAAGUCUUGUAAAGCUUGUGGAUUCAAGAGACAUAGUGGAGUUGCAGUUGAAGCAGCUUGACUGUGAGCUAACUAUCCGGAAAAAGGAGGCGUUGGCUCAACCACAAUCUCCUGCUCCAAUUGUUAUGACACAGUCGCCAACUCCACCAUCAGUAAUAGCGCCGGCGUUUUCGGCCCCUGCCCCUGCUUCUGCUCCUGCUCCUGCUGCUUCUCCUGCUCCAUCCCCAUCACCUUCUCCUGGAAAAUCAGCCAAGUCAUCACUUCCACCUUUUAAGUGCCCCAUGGCUGGUACAUUCUACAGAGGUCCGGCCCCUGGUGAACCACCCUUUGUGAAGGUCGGAGACAAGGUACAGAAAGGGCAGAUCAUAUGCAUUAUUGAGGCCAUGAAAUUGAUGAACGAAAUUGAAGCCGAUCAGUCAGGAACCAUAGUUGAAAUACUGGCAGAAGAUGGGAAGCCCGUCAGUGUCGAUAUGCCUCUAUUUGUGAUUCAACCAUAGAGCUUUGCAGUCUGAGUUGAGAACACAAGGCUGAUUUAGUCGUUGGCAAUGUAGCGAGUUGGCGGCGUUUGUUUCUUUGUGAUUCAACAUUUUGGUUAGAUUGAGUUGGUAGGUAGCCAAGUCAAACUCCCAGACUGUCCUUCCCCAAGUUCUACAGCUUAAAACAUAUUUUUCCAUUUUUCAAAUUUCAAAACUUAAUUUUUUAAAAGAACUUCAAUAAAUUAAAUCUCAAAUUUCUUGUUUACGUGGGUGAAAUAUGGAGGGUCAUACAAAAAUUAAAAUUUUAAAAAUGGGGAAAUCCUUUGUUAUUGCAA